CGUCAAACAGACAGCCCGCGCGACGCCGUCUUCACUCUCUCCCCCUUUCCCUUUCCUCUGUGACCUCUCUCCCAAACCUGAGGCUUGGCGGCGGCGGAUCCCGAUUUGGCGUGGUGGUCGGCAUUGGCGUUGGAGCCAGGGACGGCGGCGCCCUUGAGAAAAGCUACGGCGGCGCCGAUGCAGUAUACCUAGGCGCAGAUCUACGCGGCGGCGCAGGCGGGUGUAGUGUUGCGGUUGCGGCGGCGCCGAUCCAGUAUACACCGGCGACGACGAGAACUAUCAGGACAACGACCACCGGCAGACCUUCAGGGAGUAAUGGAUCCUCUGGAUUUAAUUCAUGUCAUGUUCCAUUAUAAUGGCGAAUUUGUGAAGAAUGGGAACCACAUGAUGUAUUUGGGAGGCAGUGAAGCUAUGUCAGACAUUGACAGAGAUAAGCUUUCUUUGCCCGAGCUUUUGGGGCAUUUAAGAGAUCAUUGCACUGAUGUGGAGGGGAUACAAUGUCAGUUUUAUUGGUUAGUUCCAGGAAAAGAGAUGAAUGAUGGACUUGUUUUUCUGCAUGAUGACAACACUAUUCUUAAGAUGGCUGAGUUUGUUUGUGAUGGAGGAGUUGCAGAUGUGUAUGUUGAGAAGCAUGCUUCUGCUGAUGGGGAAGAAACAGUUGCAACAGCAUGCUCUGCUAGAGAGGAAGAGGAGCAGUUCACCCCUUUAAGUGUAGUUAUGCCAGAAGAACAAGUGCCCAGGUUAGAUGGGAAUACUGAUGCACAAGAUGGAGAGUCUGAUGAAGAGGACAGUGAUUAUAUACCUGAUGAUGAGUCAGCAUCUGAGGAUGAUGAAGAAGCAAGAAAGAUCAAUGCUGACUAUGUAGAGUACAAGAAGAAACUCAGGGCUGGCAACAUUGACAUUUUAGAUGAAGUGUUCAUUACAGAUGCAACAGUAGGUUCAAGGGAAAAUGUUGGAGAGGAUGCAGCUGCUGAAAGCUACUCAGACAGCUCAGAUUUUGAUGACUCUUUUGAAGAAAACAGUGAUGGAGAGGCUGUCAGCAAACCAAAAAAAUAUCCUGUGUACAAAGACAGAGGAGAAGUACCAGAGUUCUGUCUUGGAAUGAAAUUUGAAUCAAAGGAAGAGUUCAGAAAAGCAAUAAUUACUUAUGGACUACAUCACAGAAGGUUAAUUAGGUUUAAGAAAAAUGAUUCUGUAAGGUGCAGAGCAGAGUGUGAUUGGGGGACAUGUCCCUGGUUCUGUUUACUAAGUAGGACAAGUAGGUGCAAUAGUUGGCAGGUGACAUCUUUCAUAGAUAAGCAUUAUUGCCCAAAAAGGAAGGACAACAAGCUGGUCACUUCAGUGAGGAUUGCACAAAAAUAUGAUAAGCUCAUUACAGGCCACCCAGGAUGGAAGAUUGACAGCUUGAAAGCACAUGUGCAAGAGGACAUGCUUGCAAAUGUGAGCACAUCACAAAUUCAGAGAGCAAAACAAAUUGUGAAGCAGAGAGUGUAUGAUUCCACCAAGUUCCAAUACUCAAAAGUGUUUGAUUAUCAGUUGGAAUUGCUGAGGAGCAAUCCAGGAAGCACUGUUGUUGUCAAACUUGAUCCAAAGGAAAGAGUACCGACAUUUCUAAGAAUGUAUGUGUGCUUGGCUGCUCUGAAAGAAGGUUUCAAGGCAGGUUGUAGAAAAGUAGUAGGAAUGGAUGGAUGUUUUUUCAAAGGAGCAACAAAUGGAGAGCUGCUCUGUGCUAUAGGGAGGGAUGCAAAUAACCAAAUGUACCCAAUUGCAUGGGCAGUAGUUGAGAAGGAGAAUAAUGACUCAUGGGAUUGGUUCUGUGAUUUACUGUUUAGAGAUUUGGAAGUGGAAGAUGGUCAAGGCUGGGUGUUCAUAUCUGACCAACAGAAAGGAAUUAUAACAACAGUUCAGAACUGGGCACCAUUGGCUGAGCAUAGGAAUUGUGCCAGACAUAUAUAUGCUAACUGGAGACUUAAAUUCAGAAACAAGGACUGGCAGAAACUGUUCUGGAGAUGUGCAAAAGCAUCAAAUGUAGCUCUGUUUAAUCAUGCUAGGGAGAAGUUGGCCAAGGAAACUGUUAUGGGUGCAAGGGCUGUCACUAAAACAGACCCAUGCCACUGGAGCAGAGCAUGGAUGAGGUUAGGAUCCAACUGUGAUAGUGUAGACAACAACAUGUGUGAGAGCUUUAAUAAGUGGAUUGUGGAAGCUAGAUUCUUUGCUGUUAUUACUAUACAAGAGACCAUUAGAAGGAAAAUCAUGGUAAGGAUACAAGAGAACAAUGACAAGUGGCCAAAGUGGAGUGGUACUAUCUGUCCAAACAUUAUGAAAAAACUUGAAAAGAUGAUCAAUGAGUCAGCUCAUUGCACUGCCAUAUCUAAUGGCAACAACUGCUUUGAAGUGACACAACGAGUGCAGUAUAGAUUCAAAGUUGAUUUGACCAACUGGACAUGUAGCUGUAGGUACUGGCAGCUCUCUGUUUACCAUGUGCACAUGCUGUGUGUGCUAUACACAUGGUCACAAAUGACAUUUCUGGCUAUGUUGCUAGCUGCUUUUCAGUGCAGAAUUUCAAGGCAACAUACUCACACUUCCUCCAGCCAGUAUAUGGUAUGGCAACUUGGCCUGAAUCCAACAGACCUAAGCCAACAGCUCCAGGAUAUGUAAAAAUGCCAGGAAGGCCAAGAACUGAGAGGAAGAAAGGGAAGGGAGAGAAACCCACUGCACCUAAGCACAGGAUGGGUAAAGUUGGCACAAUCAGUAGAUGCUCUGUUUGCAAAUGCACAGGUCACAACAAAACAAAGUGUACUGCUCCUAAACCACCUGCUAGCAGUGCCCCAAUUGCCCCAAAGCCAACUACAAAGGGCAGUUCUAGGCCAGCUAUAAAGGCUAGUUCUAGGCCAAGUACAAAGGGUCCUGUGCAACCCUCACAGGAAAGCACAAAUGUGAGUAGCAAGAGAAAAGCUCCAUCAGACAUUCCAUCUACUUCAAGAAGGCCACCUUCAAAUGUUAGCAGAUUCAAGCCUUUCAAACCACCUCAGAGCAAGGUCACUGCUACCUCAAAGGCCACUGUGAAGAAUGUUCAUGUCAAUGUUAGCAGCAGCUCUGGAGUUCCUAUGAAUUUCAGUUCUGGAGCUGCUAACACCAACUUCACUGGAGCAAAUAAAAGAGCAAAAAAAGUGCCCAGAAAGCUGCUCGAGUGAGGCCUGUGUGUAUGUUCAGAAAACCUGUGUCUUUGUUUCCUUCAGUUAAAUUUGAACACUGUUGUUUGUUUCCUUCAGAAAACUUGUUGCUUGUGUACUGAACAAGAUGAACCUGGGCUAUGUUUCUUAAGUUGAACCUUGGCUGUGUUUCUAGCACUUAAAAUUGUGUGCUUGCUCU